GAUGACGUUGACGUGGAUAAAAAAAAUGGCAAUGGCAAGUAAAAAGUGAAUCCCGUGGUGGCAAAAUAUUUUGUUUACGAUUUAAGACCUCUUGAUUUUUUAACUUAGUGUAUUGUGUAUUCGAAUUCCUAUAAAUUAUAAUAAUCAGUGAAUAAAAUAAGCAACGUUUUAAUGUGCGCAACCAAUCAAAAAACAUGUCUGAUAAUAAAAACGUCGAUAAUCGUCCUGAAAAGGAUCAAGUGGAAUCCUUUGAUACCAAUUUAGCAGUAACAAGUGAUGUGUCCAGUGUUGUGAGCAGCGUUAGAAAUGUUAAGCAUUCAACAUCAUCUGAACGACAGAAUAAAGUGGAGAGAGCACAGAAGUGUUUAGAGAAUGCCGCACUUGUAUCCAAGCGCAUUAAAGAACAGAGAAAAGCCACAGCAGAACUAUUAGGAAGGCCAUUUGAGGAUGAUGUUACAGACACUGCGUCAGAAAUGGCAUCCACCAUGAGUGAAAGGACUGGUUAUUCUGUUGCUACAGAUACUUCAACUACUUUAUCUGUACAGGAUGCCUUGAAUAUUCCUGGUAUAAGUGAAAGUUUAGCAAACACUUUGAAGCAAAAGGAGCUAUUAAUGGAAAGGAUAAAGCAAUAUAAAGAAAUUAGUAAAAGACCUAUGAGGAAAUCUAUGUCAGUGAAAAGAGAUUCAUCAGAUACUACAGUUGUGCAAGAAGUGAAGAAGAGUGCUGAUAACUCUGAUGUUUCAAAAUUAAUGAACACUAUUAAAGAAAAAGAAAAUGCUUUAAGUGUUAUGCAAGUCAAAAUUAAAGCCCUUGAGACUACAAUUUUAGAUUUACAAGAAAAAAUAAAUGAAAAGGACCAAAUAAUUGAAGCUAAAAAUAAAGCAACCACUUUGAUAUCUGACAGUUUAAGUAAAAAAGAAAAAGAUACUCUAGAUUUACUAGAAGAUACUCGGCAACAGAUGACAAAAAUGCAAUCAAAUUUCAUAGCAAUGGAAACUGAAUGGAAAGACGAAAAGCAAAGAUUACUUGACCAAAUUGGUGAAAAAGAAGAAAAGAUAAAAAGUCUAGAGGAGGCCAACUCAAUAUUAGAAAAUUCACGGUUUGAGAUCAGUAUUGCUCAUUCAAAAUUAGCUGAAGAAUUAGAAUUAAAGAAACAAGAAAUACUUAAAUUACAAGAGCAAAUUGAAACUAUUACUCAAAAAAGUGUUGAAUCAUCUUCUGGGGCAUUGCAGAGUGAAGACAAAGAGUUUACUGAAGAAAAAGGUACUCUGGAAAUAUCUAAUAUGGAAGAGUUGACGAAAAAACUUGAAUUAUUAGAACAGAUAAAUUGCCAAAUGAGGCAGACCAAUAAAGAUUUAGAAAAUCAACUUACGUCUUUGAAUGUAGAUCAAAAAGCAACGUCAACUGCUCAGGGAAAAAGAACUCCCACUAGUCCUCAUCCUAGCAGAAAAGGAAGAAGUGCUGCUUCCAAAAGUAAAUCUCCCUGGCGAGGUUUAUCAACUGACCGUUCACAAGAGACAGAAAAAUCAAAAACCAAAAGUGAUAUAGCUAAACAAGACAUAGUGCAAUCUCUGAAUAAAGAUAUUUUGGAAAAAGAAUAUUUAUUGACACAAAAAGAUGAUAUCAUAUCUAAGUUAAAGUUGGAAAAUAGUGAAAAAGAAAAUAUUAUCAACAACUUACAGACACAAAUUGAAAUAUCUAAAUGUGAUACUAAUAAAGUUGACAUUGCUGUUUGUACCGAUCCAAUAGAAUCCAUAGUUACUUCUCAAACCCAAGAAACGCAACAAGCAGAAGUUAUUGAAAAUAUACCUGAAGAUAUACAAUCUUUAAACGAAAAGUUGGAAACAGCACAGCAUCAAAUUGAUCAACUCAAUGAAGAGAUAGAUGUGGCAAAUAAAAAUAUGAUAAAAGUCAAAUCAAGCUAUAAAAUAAAGUUGAAACAAUUACAAAAAACUAUUGAUAGCUUUAGUAAAGUGUCAGAUGCGAAUGCUGAAAUUGUAAAACUCAAUGAAGAAUUGCAUCAAUUAUCACAAAAGGUAGCAGAGUUGGAAGAAGAAAAAGGAAAUCUGCAGCUUCAUCUCGUUGACUAUGAUAGUGGUAGAUUGACUGAUUCAGACAUUUACAAGAAAUUGGUAGAAAUGGAAACUUUGGCGGAAUCAAGGCUUAAAUCCAUUACUUUAUUGGAAACACAAAAAUUCGAACUAGUUCAAGAACUACAUGUAUUGCAACAAAAGAACGAUGAAAUGGAAGAUAAAGUAGCAGAUAUGGCUCAACUGCAAAAUGAUCAUGUUUGUUCCGAAAUAAAGUCAGUACAAAUGGAAGAACAAAUUGAUGAAUUGAUAGCAUCUAAAAAGGAAUUAGACCUGGUAAUAGAAAAUCUAAAAUUAGAUAAAGAACAAUCAACAAAAACAAUCAAAGCGUUAGAAGAAGAAAAGGAAAAUUUAAUUCAAAAAUUAGAAACCUAUAUGCAAGAAAAUAUGGAAUUAACGGAUAAAUUUGAAAAAUUGAGCGCUGAAAAAGUUAGUUCUGCGGAGUCCAUUGAAAUGGUAGAAUCAUUAACGACGCAAGAGAAAUUAGAACUUGAGGAAUAUAACAGAACAAUGGCAGCUAAACAAGACGAUACUAACUCAGAAUUUAAAAUGAAUGAGCCAGGAGAAGGCGAUGAAAAUAUUACGGAGCUAAUAAAACAAAGUGCAGAAUUAAGAGAUAAAGUUGAAUUAUUUACUCAGGAAAAACACGAAGUGAUGGAGAAAAUGAACAAAGUGUAUACUGAAAACGAAGACUUGCAAGAAAGAAUUAAAGAACUAAAAACACAGAGUGAAAAUUUGACUCAGAAUAUUGAUGUUUUAAGUGAAGAAAAAAAUACUCUUCAACUUUUAAAUGAAGAAUUAAAUAAUCAAAUCGAAGUGCUUAAACGCGAAAGAAUUGAAAUUAUGAAGGAGAGCGUAGAAAUUGUAAAACCAGCAAUCAUGGAAGAAUCAACAGAAGGAGUAAGCGCGGAAGCAUCACAUGAUGACAAAUCGGUCGGUGACAAAAGUAAUAAUAGAUCAAAAUCUGUUAAGCAGUUAACAAAAGAUAUUCUUAAACUGAAGGGAACUAUCAAAGAGCGGGAAGCUGAAAUUGCUGAUUGUCAAAUGAAAAUAUUAUCACUAGAAGAACAACAAGAUAAACAAAAAGAACUAAUGCAAAAUAUUACAGCACUCGACAGCAAAGUAAAACAUUUGACAGAGGAGAAUUCUCAGUUGAAACGAGAAAUAGAAACGGCACAGAAGGAUGUCGAAUCUGAGCAACAAUAUAAGCAAGCGCAUGAUGUAUUACAGCAAGAAAUACAGAAGAUCCACCAAGAAUAUUCUAUGGCCAUCAAUGCACGUGACACCAGAAUAAAUGAAUUGGAGAAUCUGUUAGUGGAAUAUGAGAAGCAAAUGUUUAAUUAUGGAAACUCUUUACAGCAAAAGGAUAAAGAAAUUGCAGAAUAUAUUAACCAAAUUACAAAAUUAAAUGAUGUAUCACAAAAAUUGAAAUCUACUGUUGAUUUACUCGAAGAGGAGAAGGCUAAAGAUCAAAACGCAGAAUUAGUUAAAUCGCUGAACAAAGAUAUAAUGAUUUAUCAGAAGAAACUCGCAGAAUGUGAAGAAAAACUGAGAGUUUUAGAAGACGAAAAAGUGCAGUUGUUGUCUGUUAAAAGUGGACUAGAGGUGAAGGCUAACGAUUUGGAGUUAGAAUUAAAGAAUCUGCAAGAGGCUUUAACGGAAAAACAAGCAGCUAUUAAAGAUUUGCAAACGCAACAACAGAAACACGAUGGAGAGCUAUCGUCUAUUAUGUUGCAAGCAAAGGAACGCGACGAGGAAAUACAUGAAAUAAAACUGCAACUUAGGAAAGAAUCUAUAGAAAAUGAAAAACUAAGAAAUGAAGUGUCUCAAAAAGUCAAUGAAACUGAAGAAUUGAAAAAACAAUGCAAUGAAUUAAAGCAAAAAAUAAACGUGGUUUCCCAUGACAAAGAAAAUUACAAUGAGCGCCAGACAAUUUUAGAAAACAAGAACAAAGAAUUGUUGGAUAAACUUAAGAAAUUAGCUAUUACUCUAAAAAGAAAAACAUCGUCGUAUAAUGACUUAGAACUCGAUUACAACGAUAAGCGAAAACAACUGGAAGAUAAAAAUUUACAAGUACAAGAAUUGCUUUCAAAAGUUGAAAUUAUACGACAGUUACAAGAUAAAAUAAGGGACAUGGAAAAAGAGUACGAUAAUCUACAAAAUGAAAAAUUAUUGCUUGAACAAAAAUCCAGGAAUGUUGACCAAAUACAAAUAGAAAAUGAAACAUUACAUAAAAAUCAUGUAAAUGCAAUUGAAGAAAUAUCAAAAUUACAUACAUCAUUAGACGCAUUAAAUAAAGAAUUGAUGUGUGCACGAGAUGACAACGACAACCUAAAAAGUCAAAUUUCAGCUUUAAAUAAUAAAUUAGUUGAAUAUGAAAUUGAACUGAAAAAUAGCAGUAAUCUUAGUACAAAAAUAACAUCUCUAGAAACAGAUCUAAUCCAGAAACAGACUCUUAUAAACGAACUAUCUAUCCAAGUAGAAUCACAAAAAGAACACAUUACCCAAAUUCAAUUUGGUCAUGAUGCUAAAGUUCAAGAGUGCAAUUUGUACAUAGAAAGUUUGCAAACAGAAAUUGAGAAAUAUAAAAAUCGUAUUUACCGCUUAGAAGAAAGCAUAUCUACUAUGGAAAGCAGAAGACAUUCUUUAGAACGGAAAGCCGACCAAUUGGAUAACCAAUUACAAGAAAAACAAAAGGCUUAUACCGAUUAUACACACCAGGAGGACGAAUUAGUUAACCGAUUGGCGGUUCUCAUCGACCAUGAUAGAGUCGUUGAAAAGCAGCUUCAUGUGAUAGAAAAUGAAAACAGAGAAUUGCAGCAUAAAGUACAACAUCUAAAUGAAGAAGUGUUGCGUCUCAAGAAUGCCUAUUUAGAUUUGCAAAAUAACUAUACAUUAAUGCAAACUAAAGCCGCAAAUGCGGAAGCAGCAGAGUCUGAACUUGUGGUUUAUCAAAGUAAAGUUUACGAACUUGAAGCUAAUCUUAAACAUAUAACAAAUGAAUACCAAACAAUAUUAGCGCAAAAGAAAGUGGAUAUUGAAGAAUUAGAAUCAGAGUUCAAUACACAAAUCGAAAACGCUAUUAAAGAAAAGAAAGUAUUGAGUGAAAAUCAUGAAAGGCUUAGUGAGCAUGUUACUCAAUUAGAAAGAAAAUUACAAGAAUACAAAGACACUAAUGUUAAUCUGAACCUUAAUUUACAAGAAAUUUCGGCCGUAAAUCAAAACUUGCUAGAAAAAAGCAACGAAAAGAAAUCCUCUGCAGUUGACUAUACAGAGCAGUACAUUAGCGAAAUAAAUAAAUUAAAUGCUGUUGUUAAUAAUAAAAACCAACAAAUUGUAGAUCUCGAAAAUAAUAUUAAGACAUUGCAAGCAAACAAGGUGGCAAAAGAUAAUGAAUUAGAAGGUAGAAUAGCAGAAUUAUCAUCAAAUUUAGCCAGAUCAGAAAAGGAAAUAGAAUUAAUGUCUACAGAGCUUAAGUCGAUUAAAGAAAAUAAUGAACAAUUGCAAAUGUUGUUGCUACAAAAAGAUGAUCAAAUAAAACAAUUAACGGACAAAAGUAAAGUCGUUUUUGAAAUGACUAUACCAAAAACAGAAGGCAUGACUAUCUCCUCGACAUUUGAACAGUUAAAUGAUCAACGUGGUGUUGAUUUAACAGCACUCGAGUCGCAAAUUGUACCUGAGUCCUUUGUUGCUGAAGUAGGGCCGCCCAAAAAAGUAACUGAAAGUACUUUGGUGCAAUCUUCACAUUCAGGUGGCGCAGGGUCUCAUAAAGAGGUGGAAGAGCCAGUUAUAGUAGCUAAAAAAUCUUAUGAUUGUUAUAAAAAAGAUUCUGAUAUGAUUUCGGAAGAUCCGUUCUGUUCUCAAGAAGGUUGGGGAUUUGAAGGUGAUGAGACAGAAGAUGUUUCAGCAGGGUACACUUACUUAAAUGAACAAAUCGAGAAACUCAGAAAAGAAAAUGAAAGAUUGAAAGGUGAAUUAGAUAACACUAAUGUUAAGUUAUCAAAAGUUCUUAAAAUCUCAAAAGAACUAAAAGCUAAAAGUGAAUUAUUGUCAAACGAACUUAAAAUAUCGAAACAGCUGUCAGAUAAAUCUAUUCUUGAUACUGCAAUCGAAAGUGAACUGUCGAGUAACAUAGAAGUUUUGGAAAAACAGUUACAAGAUCUGAAUACGGAAUUGGAAAGAGAAAAACGCGAAAAAGAAGCGUUGAGGAAGCAAAAUGAGAUAUUCAAAGAUGCUAAUGAUCGUUUGACGGAAAUGAAAGAAAAAUUAGAUACAGAAAUUGAACUGUGGAAAUUCAAAUGCAAUCAAGCAAAUGAUAAAAUAUCGUCACUGCAAUGGACUACAGAGUCACAGGAAUCACCUGCACCAGAAAUUCCUACUUCGCGGAAAAGUAAACCUAUUAGCGAAGAAAUAAUGAAACUUGAACAAGAAAAUGAGGAACUGCAAUCACUUAUUGACGAACUUAAUGAUGUUAAUAAGAAGUUAACAGAUCAACGUGAUGAAUUUUCGAAUGAAUUAAAACGAUUACAAGAGAAAAUCCAAGCACACAGUGUAUGUGAAAAUUGUGAUAGUCUUCAAAGACAAAUAUUAAGCGACGAUGAUUGCAUCACGGCUCUAAGAAGUGAUAUCACUAAUCUUGAUAGCAAAGUAAAAGAAUAUGAAGAAUCUUACAACAGCAUCUUAACUAAAUAUGAAGAAUUAUCUAAACUAAAUGAAGAAAAUCAAAAUCAGUACGAAAUAAAAACGCAUGAAUUUAUUACUAAAAUAUCUACUUUGGAUGAAGAACUUUCUGCAAUCACUAAAUUAAAGACAGAAGCUGACGAAACAAUAAAUUCCUUGAAAUCUGAAAUUGAAAGUUUAAAAUAUGAGUUGUUGUUAAAAACAGAAGAAACAUCGAACAUUAAAAAUGCAUCAGAAGCUUUUGCAAUGUCUGAAAAAAUGAGUUUUAUGGAAGUAAAAUGUAAUGAAAUGAGCAAUAAUUUAGAACACGCCAAAGAAAAAUUAGCACAUCUAGAAAAUGAAAAUUUGGAAUUAAAGCAAAGCAUACAAGAUUAUGAAAAACAAAUUGAGGAGUUAAAUUCAAAAAUAAAACAUCUUAAUACCGAAAAUGAUCAAUUGCUAUCGACGGUUGCUGAGCUACGGUCAUCUGUAUCCAGUGCCGUUGAUCAACGUGGAUACGAAAUAGCAGAGUUAUGGAAGCAACACCUGGCACAAAGAGAAAACGAAUUCCAAAGAAUCGAACACGAGCUUCGAAGUGAACUUAGUGCAGCCGAAACAAAAUAUGAGCAAUUACUCGAUAACGUCCAAUCGUCUACUCAAGAUGAAACUAAUAAUCUUAUUGCCAUGGAACAACUCAACUCGUUACAAAGCAAGCUACAAGAGAAAAGUGAACACUUGACUAGUUUACAAAAUAAAUACGCAGACGUAAUUCAUCAAUUGGAUAUGCUGCGGUCAGAAACCGAAGACGAAAAAUUGAUUCUCGAAAACAAGAUGCUCCUUCAACAAGAGGAAUAUGAAAAAACUAUCAAAGAACUAACGCAAGUUAACGACGCCAAAUCGAUAGAAUUUGAAAGUGCAAUCAAAAAUCUAGAGGCAGAAAUAUCUGCCAUGAAAAGUACUAAUGAUAAUUUAAAUCAACAAUUACUUGAGCUACGAUCGACAUAUGAAUUAAAAAUCCAAGAGUUGGGAAGACAAUUACAAAUUAAAGAAACUGAAAUUCAUCAAAAAUCCCACGACUAUACUAUUGCGCUAUCACAGCGCAACGAAGAGUUUGAGAAUGUUAGAAAGCAUCUGAUUGAAUAUGAAAAGAAAAUAGAAGAUUUGUCUUACGAAAAAGAAGCAGAAUUGGCCGUUAUAAGAUUAAAAAUGCACGAAAAUAAAGAACAACAUGAAGAUAUUCAAAAGCAGUUAGAGGACGAGAAAAAUAGUCUGUCAGAAGCUUUAAAUACAAAGAUAAUAGAAUGUACUAACUUAAAUAAACAGGUACAUGAUUUGAAUCUACUUUUACAAGAACAUGCGACGAAAUCCGCAGAGAUGCAAGAGGCGUUGGAAAAUCAGGAGCUAGAAAUAGUAUCACUGAAAGAUGAAAUAUCUAACAUGCAGGAUAUAAUGCGAUCGUCGAGUAGCAAAAUUGAAAAACACGUAUCAUUCGCUUCUGACACAAAACAAACCGAAGAGAGUGAUAAAAUAGCUAGACCGUAUAACAAAGAUUUAUUGGACGCCGUUCCCAGAGCAGAAUUGGAUAUAGCAUUGUAUAUGUUGCAUCAAAGAGACGUCCGUUGCGAGGAAUUGACAAUGGAGCUGACUCAAUUGCUGGAGGAGAGAGAUACGCUACAGUUGCGAUUGUCCGAUAGCUUGCGAGCAUUGGAGGACUUGAAGUCAAAGUCUAAGGCGACGGAAGGCGUAUCUCUGAGCCCCGGCCAAGACUCCAUUACAGAGUUACCUACUUUAACUAUUGAGAAGGAGCAACGGAUCGUUGAAACACAUCGAGCCCAUACUUCGCGAAGUAGUAGCAUAAGUGACUACGAUGGAGAGAAACCAAAACUGCAAGCGAAGUUGUCGGAGCUGCGCAGCGUGAAGCACAGCCGUGACGUGACGCUGCGACAGGACAGCGAGCAACGACAGCUCGGGAUGCGGCUGCUGCGCCGUGACGUCGCCAACCUGCCGCCUGAAGCACUCGAAGAGCUAACACAGGCGCAUCACACUCUAUCUCGGGACUCUCAGAGCACAUCGACGGUGCUUUUGAAUUGGUUACGAGGGAAGAGCACGCCCAAAGUAGUGCAUAUGUGAGCCACUCAACCCCCCGUCUUACAAUAUGUAGAUUGUGUAUAUUUGUUAAACAUAUUUUAUCACCACAUCACUUUACGGUUGGACUAAUGUUUGGCAAACAUUUGUCACCAAUCGCACUUCACUUGCCAUUCAUAGUGCACCGAAAACGAAUUUAUUUUACUAUAUUUUUUAUUGUAUUUAUUAUUUAUUCAUGUUUUUAUUUAUUUCAUUAUUGUGCACUUAUUACGAAGAUAAAAUAAUGUUUUUAAAUUGUCGAUAAUUUUCAAAAGGAAGUCAAUCAAGAACCAUAUUUAGGAUGAGUUUUGUUGCAUUUAAUUGUUUUUACAAUUCCUUUAAAAAUAUUCAUUUUAGUGCCAAUAAUGUUAAAAGUUAGCAAUAGGUUUAGCUAUCUUUUAGAAUUCGUGUUUGCCAUUUUUUUAUUAAUUCGGUGCACACGAACGAACGAUAAAUACGAUAUCAUUCCUAUGUUUUCAAAAAAUUUAAAAUUCCUUUAUUAAAACGUGCCUAAAACAAUAGUUGAACCGAUAAAAUUCAAAUAAUGCACUAGCGGUUGGUUUCUGAGACAAAAAUAUCUGCAUGAAACAUAUCAUCCUUGUCAUUAUUUUUGACAAACUGAUAAGGUUUUAAACUCAGAUUUUAGUCUCAGGAACCCACGGUAAGUAGAUUACAUUAUCUCUAUCAGGGAUGACUGUAUACUUUUAUGUGUUUCUGCAGUGGAAACUCGGUAACGUAAACAACAAAUUAUAUUCUGAUGAUAUUUCCAAAUAACUUGGCUGAUCUUGAGUUUUACAGUUCCCUUCCCCAUCCUUUUACUCCCCGCUAUAUCUAACAUUAUGUUCUGCACAGCGAAUUGUAUGAUGUUCAGAGCAAACAAGAUAUUUGAAUAAUACUGUAACAAGACUUAUUGUGAGUUUCUGAUACCAAUCCUCGAUUCAAAAAAAUUAUCUCUAUUUUUUUCAAAGAUACGGUGACGAUGGUCUCAGAAGAACGGUUAAAGAACUAAAAAUAUAUUUAUGUGCAACCGAGAAAUACAAAUUUCGAUACACUUUUAUUACAAAGAAAACCCAAAAUAACAAUACCAUUAUUCAGUAUUACUUUUUCCACACAUCUCACAUACUGAGUUCUCUAGUUCUCGUUAUAUUUCAAUAUCUUCUAUACUUUUUUUUUUUAAUUUUAUAGUCGUAUUCAUAAUGAAUUUCCAUACACUUGUUAUGAACUUCCUCAAUCAUAUAUGUGUUGUUAAAUAACAUGUAUUUAUCAGAGUAACUUUGUUCUGCAAAUAAUUUUGACGCACAACAAGGUCACUACAAUAACCAGAUUAAGCCGCUUCUUAUAAACAAAAAUGGCUUCCAUUUGAUAUGAGAAAUACUAAAUAAUCCAUAUUAUUCCAAAGCAUAUAAUUAUAAGUAUAUAUGUUAAAAUUAAAAUGAUUUUAAAUUGUGCCUUUUUGCUGUUUAAUGUAUAUUAAUUUUUGUAAUAAAUGCAAUGUAAUAAAUGUAUAUAAAAUUGACACACAAAUGUGGGUCGGAUGUUC